AUGCCUCCCAAGAAAGCUUCCACCGGCGCUGCUGCCACCCCUGCCUCCAAGAAGGCCGCUGCCAGCCAUUCCUCCUAUCGCGAUAUGAUCAAGGAUGCUAUCAUUAACUUGAAAGAUCGCAAUGGUAGCAGCCGUCAAUCUAUCAAGAAAUAUGUCCAGAACAACAACAAGAUCACCGUCGUGUCGCAAGCUGCUUUCGACGCGCAAUUCAACAAGGCCAUCAAGGCUGGUGUUGAGAAGGGAGAGUUCAGUCAACCCAAGGGACCCUCUGGCCCCGUGAAGCUCGCCAAGAAGGAGGCUGCUCCCAAACCUGUUGCUAAGAAGCCUGCUGCCGCCGCCAAGCCUGCUGCUCCCAAGAAGACCGCCACUAAGAAGACUGCUGCUGCUGCUAAGCCCGCAAAGAAGGCUACCACCACCAAGAAGGUUGCUGCUAAGCCCAAGGCAAACACUGCCAAGCCUCGCAAGACCUCUACAGCUGCUCCUGCUAUCGUCGACGUGCCUAAGGUUGAGACCAAGACCAAGUCCGGCCGCGUGACAAAAACAGCAGCCAAGCCCGCGGCGAAGAAGGCCGCUCCCAAGAAGAAGGCCACUCCCAAGAAGGCUGCCGCAUAA